GAACUUUUGAUUCGACCCUCCAUUGCUUGGCUGUAUUAUUUUUAUUGGUAUAUAUGAAGGAAUGGAACAAUCUCUCAAUAGCUGUCUAAAAUCAUGUUGCUUCACACUUUUCAGGAUCCUGUUUGUGGGAGCGCACAUUGUGCCUUGACACCAUAUUGGAGCCAAAAGCUAGGGAAGUGUGACUUCAUUGCCUAUGCGGCAUCACCUAGAGGGGGAAUCGUAAACAUUCAUUUGGAUGAACAAAACGAGAGAGUGCUUCUGCGAGGAAAAGCUGUCACUGUAAUGGAAGGCUGUGUUUUGGUUUAGAAAUGGGGUUUAAUGCCAUUAUCAAUUUAUGAUUAAACUAAAAUAAAUCACAACGAUCAUUUGGAACGAUUACUGGCUCUUACUUGUACGUGUUGUUUUCUCAUUACAUGUAUUUAUUGUUGGUUAAUAUAUGACAUUGCACUUA